GGGAGAGGGGGGGGGGGGGGACACACCACACAGAGAAACCCGAGAGGCGUUCCCGGCCUUUGUACCCGGACACACAGCGCCAUGUGCGGGGCACUGUCAGCGUCUGGGCGGGGGGCCGCUCGGCUGGCCUCAGGGUGCGGGAGGAGUCCCGCCUGCCCCUCGGUGGCUCGGAGAGGCUGCCGGGAAGCGGGGCCUGAGAGGAGCAGCACCCGCGGUGUCGGCUAUGGCUACAGCCUCGUGGAGGGCGGACACUGGGCAGAUCGCGAUCGUGGGGCGUAUCGAGUAGCUGUCCGGCAGCUAGCGUGGUCCCACCUUCCUCCCCACCCACCCCUCAGAGGGGCUGUCAGGAUGUACGUCACAAACUCGUUCCCCGUCUUGGAUGGCAAAGUUCAGCCCAUCCAUCGACACGUGUUUGACUUCAAUCUACGCAACAGCGACGCUUCCAGUAAAAGGUACCUUGAAUUGAUGGAGAGGGUGCGGAGAGGCGGAGGGGAGAACGCGGUGCUCAGACACACCCAGAAGAACAAGAAGCUGCUGGUCACCGAGCGCUUGCGGCUGCUGCUGGACAAGGGGCCGUUCCUGGAGCUCUCCCCGAUUGCUGGGAUGGGAAUGCCGUACGGAGACGUGCCUGCUGCCGGCUGCCUGACCGGGAUUGGGAAAAUCAGUGGGAUCUGGUGCAUGGUUAUUGCUAAUGACGCAACAGUGAAGGGAGGGACGUCCUACCCAGUGUCUGUGAAGAAACAGCUGAGAGCUCAGCACAUCGCCCUUCAGAACCACCUGCCCUGUGUGUAUUUGGUGGAUAGUGGAGGUGGCUUCCUCCCACUUCAGGCGGAGAUUUUCCCCGACAAGAACCACGGAGGCAGAAUCUUCUACAAUGAGGCCGUGAUGUCUGCGCUGGGGAUCGCUCAGGUGGCGGUGGUGUGUGGCUCGUGCACGGCGGGAGGGGCCUACAUCCCCACAAUGGCCGAGGAGACGGUGAUAGUGGACAGGAUUGGGACCAUAUUCCUGGCGGGACCUCCGCUGGUUAAAGCAGCGACUGGAGAGGAAGUCAGUCCUGAGGACCUGGGUGGAGCGACGCUGCAUUCAGUGGUCAGCGGCUGCACAGAUCACUUCGCAGCGACAGAGAAGGACGCGUACGAGCGAGCGAGGGACAUCGUGGCCGCCUUAAACCUGGAGCCGGGGCCCAGCGACCAGCCCGAGGCAGAGGAGCCGCUGUACACAGAGGGGCUGGGUGGCCUGGCUCCGGCCAGCUACACCCACACCUUAAACAUUAGGCUGGUUCUCAGUCGUUUGACAGACGGAAGCAGGUUCCUGGAGUUCAAGGCUUUGUACGGCACGACCCUGGUAACUGGCUUUGCUCGGAUCAAAGGACACCUCAUUGGGAUCGUAGCGAGCAAUGGCCGACUGAGCCACAACGCUGCCCUGAAAGGCAGCCAUUUUGUGCAGCUUUGUGACCAGCGAGACAUCCCCAUCAUAUUCCUCCAGAACACGGAUCCAAGCGUGACCGAGACGGCCACACUGAGCCAGGCUGAGGCAGUCACUAACCAGCUUAAAGCUCAGGCUGCUAUGAUGUCGGCUGUGGCCUGCUCCACUGUGCCCAAGGUAACCAUCGUCAUCGGAGGUUGUUACGGUGCUGAGAGCUUCGCAAUGUGCGGACGAUCCUUUGAUCCCAAUUUCCUCUUCCUGUGGCCUAAUGCCCGAGUGGCCAUAGUUGGCCCCAGUCACUGCGCUGACUACCCGGGAGCUGAGGCAGAAAGUCGUGAUGAGACUGAAUUGCAGAGACUGAAGGAGAGGCUGGAGGAAGAAAGCUCUGCGUUUCAUUCAUCCUCCAGGGUUUGGGACGAUGGUGUCAUCUUGCCUCAAGACACUCGGACGGUGAUUGGACAGUGUUUGACCAUCAUCAAACAGCACAGACAUCAGCUACGCUGUGUGGGGCGGGGACACCCACUGCUGAGAAUGUAACCUGGGAGCCCGAAGAGAGAGAGAGAGAGAGACGGAAAUUUUGCUUCUGACAAUCAGACGUGUAAUCAAAAAAUGAAUGAACGAAUGGUCUUUGCUACUGAAGAGGUCGGGUGGCUGGAGGCCUCGUAAUCUGAGGCUGAGUCGUUGGAGCCACGGGGUUUGCUUUCUGAACCAGGUGAGGCACGUCGUCAACAACAACGACAACGACAACAACUUACAUUUAUAUGGCGCCUCUCGCGCAGGGUAGCGUCCCAGAGCGCUUGUGAAUGGAAUCCACGUCAGGCUGAGAUCAGGUGGGCCAAAGCGCCUUUAUUCCUGGCUUGUGAUUUGCUUCACAAUACAAUGAAACAAACUGACAUUGAUACAGCGCCUUUCGCAUCGGGAGGACAUCUUUAAAGCAUUUUUAACACGCUGGCUCGCUGCGUGAGUGGGGUUUGGAGGUGAGGGGUUUGCUGGCAAUGGGGUUUAUUUAUCUGCCUUUAUCCACUGAAUGACGGAGACCCAAGUCUAAGCUAACGGCUCCAAAGAGGAUUAAAGCCACCCUAUAAGUGUAUCACACAAACACUGUAUAUUUUCCAGUGCCUUAUUACUUUGGAUCUUUUCAAAGCACUUUACAGCAAGUACAGUGAAGUGACUUUGCAGGCAAAACGAGGCAGCAAUGUUAGCACUGAACAAACUGUGAGGCAAAUAAGCAAUUUUAUCUGGGGGGAGUUUUCGGCCAGGACAGUGGAGAAAUUCCUCCCUCUUUUCCAAUACUAUUGUGGGAUCUUUAACGUCGGUCUACCUGAACAGACACAGAUGCUGACCUCUGUUUUAACGUUUGUCUGAAGCACUUUCCCUCUGACUACAUGGUACUGCCCCCCACCCCAACAACAACAAAUUACAUUUACACAGCACCUUUCACAUCGCGAGGAUGUCCGAAGGCGCUGGACAGUCCUUGCCUGAGCCAGGCCCCCAUACCUGUGCGGGAUCUUUAUAUAAAGAUUGAAAUGUGAAGCUGAACAGAAACAGAAAGUGUUGGAAAUGCACAUUAAUAGCUCGGGGAAAGUGAGAGUCUAACACCUUGGGUGUGAAACCUCUGUCACAAGUAAAUAUUGGGUUAGACCUGAGCCGGCGUUUCUCUUCCAGUUGACGCCUGUCUCUAUCUGUUUCCAGCCUUGUCUGUGGGAGUUUUAUAAUUUCAGAUAUCCAGGGCUCACUGGCGUUGUCCCUGGCGCCUAAAAUUACUUCCAUCCUCAGGCUUUAGCUCAUUGUAUAUAGUGUGUUUUUGUUGAGUUUGGGGAAAAUCUGGAAGCCAAUUUUUGCACCGUUCUUUAUGAUGGCUGUGGAAACCCGACUCUGAAAUGCAGACUGAAAUUUCAGACCGCUUGCGAAAACUCAGCACAUUUUAAGACCUUUUAAGUCUUAAGCCUAAGAAUGUGUCACAGUCCCAGGCCACGUUAGUUCAGCUGUGUAACUCUGAUUGUUGUGACUGAUUUUGACGGUUUGCUCAAUGGCUGACCGGUAAUUUUUGUGCGCUGCGGAACGCAAUGUUUUGCUGAAGGAAAAUAAAGAGAUUUGUUGUCUGGAA